AUGAAUUUCAAUAUUGGAAGCCCAUCUGAGUCAUCAUACUCUGAUGGUGAAAAUGAUGAUGGUGCAAAUCUAAUUAAUGACAUUGAGAUGAUUAAUACAGAAGAAGAAACACUAAUCACCAUGAAUGCAAACAACAACAUCUGCAUGGUUCGCUAUCCCAAUCAACUAAACAACAAGGCAGUCCAUGGAGGCUCAGUUCUUGGUCAUAGUACUAUCAACCGCUAUCGUGAAAGCGUUGAUCGUAAUUUGUUCAACGAUUACUUCUCAAAGAACCCACGUUAUAAUGAUUCAAUGUUUCGUCGUCAAUUUAAAAUGCCUCAAACUUUAUUUCUUCAUAUUGCUAAUGUUGUAACAGGUCAUGCCAACUAUUUUGUACAGAGAAGGGAUGGCAUGGGUAAACUUGGGCUAUCUAGUCUUCAAAAAAUCACUGUCGUGUUUCGAAUGUUAGCAUAUGGCAUCCCAACAGAGGUUGCCGAUGAGUACAUAAAAUAG